AUGACCGUGCCUCCUUCCUAUGCUGACCUGGGCAAAGCUGCCAAGGACAUCUUUAGCAAAGGCUAUGGCUUCGGGCUGGUCAAGCUGGACCUGAAGACCAAAUCUCAAAGUGGCGUGGUGAGCUUCAACACGUCAGGCUCCAGCAACACCGACUCGGGCAAAGCGUCGGGCAACCUGGAGACCAAAUACAAGAUGAAGGAGUUGGGCCUCAGCGUAAACCAGAAGUGGAACACUGAUAACACGCUUGCCACCGAGAUCGCGCUGGAGGACCAGUUGACUCAAGGCCUGAAGGUGGCGUUGGACACGUCUUUUGUUCCGAACACGGGCAAGAAAAGCGGUAAGCUGAAGACAGGCUACAAGCGCGACUACGUCAACGUGAGCUGUGACGUGGACUUCGAGGGUCCGGCGGUCCACGCCUCCGCCGUGCUGGGCUAUGAGGGCUGGCUGGCCGGCUACCAGAUGGCCUUUGAUACGGCCAAGUCCAAACUGGUGCAGAACAACUUCGCUUUGGGCUACAAGGCAGGAGACUUCCAGCUGCACACCAACGUCAACGACGGCACGGAGUUCGGCGGCUCCAUCUACCAAAAAGUCAACGAGGAGUUGGAGACGGCCGUCACCUUAGCCUGGACGGCCGGGAGCAACAACACCCGCUUCGGCAUCGCCGCCAAAUACAAAGUGGACGCCGAUACCUCCGUGUCGGCCAAAGUCAACAACGCCAGCCUUAUCGGAGUGGGAUACACUCAGAGCCUCCGACCAGGCGUCAAGGUAACGCUGUCGGCGCUCGUCGACGGAAAGAACUUCAACGCCGGCGGUCACAAGGUGGGCAUGGGAUUCGAGCUGGAGGCGUAG